GAUCGGGAUAACGUGGGCCAAAUCUGGAAGUUCCCUUUCGAGGACGCCAUCACCAAAAAGUGGACCACCCCUUUCACUCGGCCGACCUGUUAUCCCAUCCCCGAGGCCCAAGACCGCCACCGCCUAGUUCUCAGCAAGGAGGCCCUGCCCGAAAACGCCCCCAUGCGAGACGUUGCGGCGUAUUCCAUGGCCGUGAACGGCCCCGAGGCUUGGUGCAAGGUCAAGUCGCUACAAGUGCAGACACGCCUUGACGCGUGGCUGUCGUGGCUGCCCGUCACGCCCACCACAAAAAAGAUGGCAGGGCAGUUUUACAGAUUUUAG